GCUGUUGUGUAUCAUAAUACUAACUCCGUCCUCGGCAGCAACGUGCGGUGCAGCGGGCCCCCGUCCGAAUAUACGAAAAUUCCGCUUGUUUUCCGCCACUGCAGCUGCCCUUAUAUGCCGCAAUCGUCGUAACACACAUACGAAAGGACAGUAACGAACCACCCGAAAAAAAUCAGAUACGUUCGGCCGACCGGCCAACCCCCUCGAAGACGCGAAGCACGUGCGACGCGCGGGACACCUUGUCGCGCGGACCACCCUUACCGGGGGACGCGGUCCGCAGUCCGCGUCGCUACCUCGACGUUCCGCGAUUCAUUUCGACGGGGAUGAUCGGCUGUGAAAAUUUUUUUUUUCAAAACGGUCCAGUGAGUGCGACGAGUAGAAACAGUAUCAGGGGGUGAAAAACCCCGAAGAAAUUGGCUGGAUAAAAAAAAAGAGCAAAAAAGUCGCAAUUCCAUCGGGGGGAUCGGGGUAACGACUGUACGGAGGAAUAAUUCGAUCGAGAGUCUGUGCGGUGGUGGAGGUGGACGUGCAGGUGUGCGAUAUUGAAGUGAUACACGCGUACGUAAUAAAGAAGAAGAAAAAAAGGCAACGCAAACGUAAAUGUAAACGUAAACUCGUGUGGUUUCUUUAGCCGUACGUACAACGCGCGUAGUGUGCCGAUAUAGUGUGCGUGAGCGCGCGCGCGCGAUAAAGAUCCGAUCAGUUUGCUCGGCCGCGCCGAUCGAGCGGGUACUCUUCGCAAUUUAACGGACGGGUAGAAUAAAAAUAAAAAUGUUUUUUACUCCGAUCGGUCAUCGAAUUACCGCGUGAGAAUAAGUGAAGCGACGAAACGAUCGAAGGCAACGGGGUCGAAACGAAUGGUUUCCAGCGGACUAAGACGACAAAUAAGAUUAAGGGAUGCGCUGACCGUCGGGGGGUACCGAGCCGCACGACCGCAGAAGCAGGGUAUUUCCGAACGGAAACCGGUGGGCGCGGCCCAGGGCGAUAUAAUCACGGAAAAACCAGCCUCACCCGACCAAGCAACGUCUCACCUCAAAGUUCGACUGUUUCAAUACCUGCUCCGCCAGCUGUGCGGUGCGUAAACCUUGCGCCGAAUUUGUUGAAAAAUAAAAAGAGGAGGAAGGAGCGGAGCGGAGCGGAGCGGAACGGAGCGAGAGGGUGAAAAGAGAUAAGAGAUCCGAGCGGCGAAAUUCGGGUGGUACGUAGCGUUCGUCGGCAAAAUGCACACUUUAUUCGGCGAGCAAAACGCCUACUACAGGCACGCGGCCGGGGUCCCCGUCGGGAUGGGGACACCGACGUACCCUGGCGUAGCGACGGCACCGGGUUAUUACGAACAGUACAGAUACGGUACAUACGCGACCGGUUACCCGGGUAUCGCUCAGCAGCACAUCCAUCACCCGAGCAAAGACAUGGUGAAACCUCCGUACUCCUACAUAGCUCUGAUAGCUAUGGCGAUACAAAAUGCGCCGGAUAAAAAGAUCACCCUCAACGGUAUAUACCAAUUUAUAAUGGAACGUUUCCCCUAUUACCGAGAGAACAAGCAAGGCUGGCAGAAUUCGAUAAGGCACAACUUGAGCCUGAACGAGUGCUUCGUCAAAGUUCCGAGGGACGACAAGAAACCCGGCAAGGGUAGCUACUGGUCCCUCGAUCCGGACAGUUACAACAUGUUCGACAACGGAUCUUAUUUGCGCAGGAGGCGACGUUUCAAGAAAAAGGACGCUCUCAAGGAGAAGGAGGAAGCUCUGAAGAGGCAGGGACUCGCACCGUCGGCCGCGUCGUCCGACAAACGGCAGGAUCAGGAUCAUCAUUCGCAUUUGGUGGGGGGUAAAACGGAAAUCGCGUCCAAAAAGGGUCAACAGUCGAACAACGCGGAGUGCAAACCGAAACGGGAACCGAGCACCGAUAUGACCGGUUCGCACUGCGGGAUGCAAUCGGCGAAAUACGCCCACAGUCCCAUCCAGCAGGACAAUCAAGCGAAAGCCGGUGCCGUCGCGGCCUCGGGAGCGAGCGUCAUUCAAUCGGCGCUAGGACAUCAAGUUCCUAUCCAUCAGAGUUCGCCGCAUCUUCAAUCGGCCCCUCAUCACGCUCAUCAAGCGCCUCAUCAGGCUCCUCCUCCUCAUCACUCGCAUCAGGACGUUGCCGGUAUGACGGACGCUAACGGCAUGGGAAUCGAUCCUUCGUCCUUCGGGGUCGAUUCUCUGAGCGGUUCGAGGGAUGCCGCGGGACACUCUCAUCAAGGCUCGGUGGUGUCCGCCUCGGUUCAUUUGCAAGGUAGGGAACUUCAGGCGGCGAGAGAUCAUUCGGUUCAGGUCAGUUCCGCCGCUAUGAUGCCACCGUCGAGAGAAUCAUCCCUUAUGGCCACCUACGGGCAUCCCGGUUCGAGGUCGAACGGUUCUCCACCCGGAACAAUGUACACCCCAUACUGCACCACCACCGCUGGUUACAUAAUGGACCACGUCGACUACAAUCCGACGGCUGGUGCGGGAGUGAGAUCUCACGGCGGUGGACAUUCUCAAUGGUACCAGGAAGCCUCGAGUCCCGAUACCGCGGGAAUUUAUCUGGACACCCAAUCUCCUAGCUGUCAAUUAUACAGAUCUAGUCCUCCGACUCCUUUGUCGUCCGGUGCUGCGCCAUCGCCUCCCUUGUACCACAGGUACUAUCAGGAUUGCAACGCGGUUAAUACCAGUGGAAAUUUACCGAUAACAUUGCACAAAUACUGAGGAUACCGAUCCUCAAGAUCGCCCGAAGAUCUUGAGCCUAAUUUUGACAAUUUAGAUUACUCAGGUAACAUGGUUCGCAGAGUAAAACGGGAGUUCGGGGACGCUGUCGACGAGUGGAACUGACUGAAUAAAAUUUACAUCCCUUUAAAUCAAAUUCUCGACCUUUGUUUCUUCGGUAUUUAAUUUUUCUUAUUACCGAUCGAUCGGUGCGUCUGCGGAGGUCAUGCGGCGAAGAUCGAGAACUAAUAUACGUAUGAUCUGGAUUAACUCGCGUUGUGAAUAUAUGAUAAAUGAAUCUAUAAAAAAAAAAAAAAAAAAAAAAAGGAUGAAAGAAUCUAGGAAAAAUGAGAAGUGAAUGAGAGAAACGAAAAAGAAAUUCAAAAAAAAAACCAGUGAUAAUAUAAUAUAAGUUAUUGUAAAAGGAAUCGAUAUAGUGUGUAUAAAUUAAUAUGAAUAAUUAUGUUUAUAAAUAUUAUAGAUGAAUAUGAUCUGGGCGCAUAUUUAUUUAUAGUAAAUGUAACCACUCGAUAAAUCGGGGAUAUAAAUCUUGUAGAAAACGAAUUUUUAGGUAUUCGUGAACACAUAAUAAUGAACUAUCAUAAAGACCGCAGAACUCAUUCAUUUUUGUGAACUACGCAAGUUUUUUUCUCGAGUGAGAUGAAUUCGUAUUGGAAUUCGCAAAAAAUUACGGAGAAUCGAGUGCUACCCCGUGGUGAAAAAUAAAAAAUUUACCGAUUGCAACGGCUCACGGUCGUAUGAUAUUGAUGAUAAAAAGUGAGAAUUAAGAUCGCGUGACGUGGGAUGAUGCGGAUGACGUGGGGCGAUGAGAAAAGAAAUAAAAUGAAGAAAAGAGAAUUGUAAGAAAAAAUUGAGACUCCUGAAACGAGAGAAGAAGAAAAUGCAAACAGUGAAGAAAAGAGAGACCGAGGAAAAGAAGAGAAAAAAAAGAAAGAAACUUGAAAAGUGAAGGAAAAAGAAACACUUAGAGUGGAAAUAAAAAAUAUUAUUCCCAUUUGGAAAAACAAUGACUGACCUAACCCAAUGCAAUCUAAAUUUAACAAGAUUCCAAACAACUGUGCAAAUGUUGUUUGUAUAAAUAUUCACUUUUCGAUAUUUGCCGAUUGUCUGACUCAAGAUAUAACGUUCGGAAAAUAACAGCUGCACUUGUUGACACGCGCCAACGAUGGAACCGCAGAGAGAAAGAAAAAGAGGAAUCUAAUGAGAUGAAUCGGUAUGGAAAUUAGAACGGAAAAGAAAAAAAGAAGAAAGAGAAAUGAAAAUGUCCAAGUAGAGCUCUGCGUCGACGACUAUCGCCACACACCGCGGAUCAUUCAUAAAUUUCGUUACGACAUAUAGAAACAAUUAUCAACCUGUAAUAUACGUAUGUACAUAACGUGAUCCUCCUAAAAGUAUAUAGGUGAAAACAUAUUCAAAGUAUACAUAUAUAUAUAUAUAUAUAUAUUACUACAUGCAUAAAUAAAUGAAAAUAUUAUUCGUAGAUCUGCACGAGACGACGAUAGUUAUCAUUUAGCGCGAUACACACGUAUACCCAUGUAUAAUAUUAUUAGAUCCGAGAGGACCAACUUGUCGCGCAUCUGUAUAGAUAAAAAAAAAUUGUGGAAAAAAAAAAAAUCAUAUAGUACAUACAAUAGAUAACGAUAUUAUAAAUAUAUAAAUAUUAUUACCUAGUAAUAAAUCGCAUAAUAGAAA